AUGGCAGUCAUCAUGGCGAUUGGCGGUGAAGAGGUCAUGAGUGCGGAGGAACUUGCUGCAUGGCUCCAAGAUCAGCUUGGCGCUCGGAGAGCUGGGGCAAGCUUUGUGGAUCAGCUGAGGCGGGAGGUAGCCCAGCGGCGCGGCCUUUCCAAUUUCAGGCAGCUUCGCAUCCUCAGUGCGAGUGGUGCAUCGACGUCUGGCAGCUGGGACGCAGUGGGGCCGUUUUCCGUCAUCGUGAGGCUGGUGGAAGUUAUGGAUUGCUUGCUGCAGCUUGGCGCCAACAUGCACCAAAAGGACCGUUAUGGCUACACACCUGAGGAGGAGCUGCAAAACACCAAGUGCUUCGCCUUGCAUCUGAACUUCGGCAACGAGGACGUGGGCUCCUGGCUGCGGGUGUCUUUGCUGGCGCCCAAAAAGCUGCAGCCGGCCCUCGCCUGGCUCGCAAGGCAAGCGAGCGCCCAACGCGAGCUUACUGCCAAGGAGCUGCUUGCUGCUUCCAAGUGCAGCUGGCCGAGCUUGGCGAGGCUCCUGCAGGUGCUGCAGUACUGUGGCUACAUCCAUCCGCUCUGA